AUGAGUGCCUGUAACUCGACCGACCAACACCCGGCCCUCUCACUUCCUCCCCGCUGCUGCUUUGUGACGGUGGGGGCCACGGCUGGCUUCCGCGACCUCCUCGACGAGGUCAGCACUCCCGGUUUCCUGCGCGCCCUAGCCGAGCAGGGCUAUGGCCGGCUGGACGUGCAGUGCGGGCCAGACCUGGCGCACUUCCGUGCGAGGGUUGCUGCCCUGGCGGACAAGGACCGCCAGGGGAUCGAGGUGUCGGCAUUUGACCUGGUUGACGACAUUACGCCCUUUUUGGUGGCCUGCCGCGGGGAGGAGGGUGUGCGCUUGGCCGGAUGCGUGAUCUCCCAUGCAGGUACCGUUUUGGAGGUCCAGCGAGUCGGCGCGCCGCUGGUUGUUGUCGCCAAUCCGACGCUGAUGGACAACCAUCAGCUGGAAUUGGCCGAGGACCUCGCACGCAGGAAGCUGGCUGUCCAUGGUCGCAUCGGACACCUUGACGAGGCCCUCGCCAAAAUUGCGCAGCUGGUGAACGAAGGCAUGUUGGACCGACUUCCACCUUACGCUCCGCCGACGCUUCCCGUCCUGCCCGAGAACCGCGUCACGUUUUUCGACUGGAUGGUGCUAACCUGCUAUCCAGACGAGCUGCGCAAACAGAGGCACCUAGCCACGCUCAAUCAAGCAGCUGUGCGGAUUGCUGCUCCCAAGCAUAAGGGUGAAGAGGAGGACAUAGCGCGGAUGCAGGUCGAGUAG